AUGGACGGCGAUGGCACAUUUUUACCUGAUCAGCAGAACAGAUUAAAAGCUCAAAUAAAAAUACUGAAAGAAAGACUUGCUAAAGCAAAUGAAAAACAAAAAAGAUUAAAAAGAGAAUUAUUGGAAGAAGAUAUAUCCUAUUUGGUAGUCACCAAGUUAGCAAACACAUUUACAGAUCCAACCAUAACAGCAAAACGAGACAUUUCUAAUGCUAAGCAAGAUAUUUUCGAUCAAAUGAGACAAGCAGUAAAGAAUAACUGUAUACAAGAAAUGAUCAGUUACCAUCGCUUAUGUGGACGUACCAUAUUCAAUUUUAAAAGGAAUCAUGUGGGAAUAAGAUUAGAAACAUUCUAUGACAGAACAUACAAGGAACCUUAUUAUCUACUGUUCCUGAAAGACGACUUUUCAAAGGUGGACAGACAUACAUUGCCUCCGUUUAUUCCCAUUCACGAAUUAGAAAAGAAAUUCAUGCCGCAUAAUAUUGAGACAUUCAUACGUAUCGUUCAUGACUGUGUACAGGCAUAUGUCACUAGAAGAGAGCAACUAAACGAAAUAAAUAAACUAACAGAAGAAGGCUAUGAUAUCAAGAUUCUAUCGGAAAACAUGUCCAAGUCAGAUGUUGAUAUCAAGGUUCACAUUAGCAGCAGAGUUUUACGUGUAAAUAUCAAAUAUGAAAACAAGACCUCAGCAUACCCGACACAAGUCAACAUUACAGAUGAAAGAGGAAUCAUAGAGUCAACAGAUGAUUACGAAGAACACAUUACAAAGUAUAUUAGCUGA